AUGACUUCACCGCAAAGCCAAAGUAAACACAACAACCUCCUGAAGAGGAGACGCGACCUUCUCAACGUCCUCCUCACAUCAAAACUCCAACAUGACGUGAAGGAUGGCAAUGAAUGGUCACACUCCUGGAGGAUCCUGAAAAGAUGGAUCCCACCAGACCAGCAUGACCUGGAUGAGAACCAGCAUGAUGAAGAUGACACAGACGAUGAGGAAAGCGUGGACAAUGGAUGGUUAGAUGAUGAGGAAGAAGAGGUUGAAAAAUCAGAGGAGAGAUCGCGAGAAGAAGAGGAGGAGAGCAACCAAGAUAAGACAGAAGAGGAGGAUGAGGGGGUUGAUGUGGAGGAGGAAGAGGAUGACAGCAGUGAAGAGGAUACUGACGUGAAGCUAGAAGAUGACCCUGAAGAUGAGGAGGAGGACGAUGAUCAGGUGGAUGGAGAAGAGGCCGAUGAAGAGGGGGAAGGAGAUGAAGAGCUUGAAGAGGAAAAUGAAACACAGGAGGAAGAAGAUGAGAAGGAUGGUGAGGACAGUGGAAUGACUGAGGAGAAGAACGUUUAUAACAAAGACAACCAAGAGAUGGAAGAAGUAGAUGAUCUGCAGAAGAGCAACAAUCCAUGCGUGGAUGAGGAGACAGAGGAGAAGGAAAAUGGAGAUGAGGAGGAUGAGGAAGCGCACGAUAAAAUGCACAUGGAGGAGAAUAAGAGAGACGUACAAGGAGAUGAGGUUGAGAAGGACAGGAGGAGAGCGACUGAGGUGGAGGAAGAAGUGGAGGAGGAAGAAGUCAGUGGUGACGAGGUUGCGAAAGACAGGAGAGAAGAGCCUGAGGAGGACAAUGAAGCUGAGGAAGAGGAGAUGGACAAGACGGAAGAGGCUGAGGAGCAAGAGGAGCAAGUCAAAGGGGAGGAGGUUGACAAGGACAAGAAGGAGGAGAAUGAAGAGGAGGAGGCUGUUGAUGAGGAGGAAGAAGAUGAAGUCGAGGAACAGGAGGUGGAAAAGGACAAGAGGGAAGAGACAGAAGAGGAGGAGGAGGACGAUGAAGUUGAGGAGGAGGAGGUUGAGAUGGACAAGAGGGAAGAACCUGAGGAGGAAGAGGAGGAAGUCAAAGGGGAGGAGGUUGAGAAGCACAUGAAGGAGGAGACUGAAGAGGAGGAGGAGGAGGCUGUUGAUGAGGAGGAAGAAGGUGAAGUCGAGGAAGAGGAGGUGGAGAAGGACAAGAGGGAAGAGGCUGAGGAGGAUGAUGAAGCUGAGGAAGAGGAGGUGGAGAAGGACAAGAGGGAAGAGGCUGAGGAGGAUGAUGAAGUUGAGGAAGAGGAGGUGGAGAAGGACAAGAGGGAAGAGGAUGAGGAGGAUGAUGAAGUCGAGGAUGAGGACGUAGAGAAGGAUAAAAGGGAAGAAACUGAGGAGGAGGAGGAGGAAGAGGAGGAGGAGCAAGUCAUGGAGGAGGACGCUGAGAAGCACAAAAGGGAAGAAACUAAGGAGGAGGAGGAAGAUGAGAACGAGAAGUGGGAAGAGUCUGAGGAGGAGGAAGAGGAAGUCGAAGAGGAGGAGCUUGAGAAUAGGGAAGAGGAUGACAAGAACGAGGAAGAGGAGGUGGAGGAGGAAGACAAGCAGGUCCAAAUUGAACAUGAAGAGGACGUAGAAGGAGGUCAAGAACAUGAGGAGAGUGAAGCAAACCAACAGGAUGAAAAGAUGAAGAUAAAUGCAGAAGAAGAGGAAGAGGAAUGUGGCAUCAACGUGAAGUUUGAAGAUGAGGAGAGCGAGGAGAACAGCGAUGAUGAUAAUGACGAAGAGGACGGCGAGAACGAUGAGCAGGCAGACGUAAACGGUCAAAAGCAAGAAGUAGAGGGUGAUGAUGAAAACGAGGAAGAUGAUAAACCUGAGGAGCAUCAGCAUGAAGAUGACGAAGACCCCAACGUAGAUGUACAACCAACGGACCACCAGUCCUCAAAAGCAACCAAACACAGAUUAAAGACUCCUCUGCAUCUGCAGUUCCACAAAGUCCAUGCCUCCUUCUCCUCCUGGAAGAAGUCUUGGAUGGUGGCAAUGGCUCACAGGGUAGGCGACGAGGACCAGGAGAGCGAGGACGAAGCUGAGGAGCAAGGGGUGUUGCGGGCUUGGCGAGAAUCAUGGAGGAUCUGCCGCUGGAAGAAGCCAGAUGAGGAUGAAGUGGUGUGUUUCUCCAGCAGGCAUCGCAGCGUGAGACACCACAGACCGAUGCAUGAAGAAGACCACCUGCUGAAGAAGGAAUGGACUCAGAGCUGGAAGACCCCCAAGAAGAGCAAUGACACCCAACAGGUCAUUUGAUGGAAUAACAACAAGAUUGUUGACGUUUGUUGAUUCUCAUCAAGUUUCGCCACAUUUCCACCAAGCGGGACACUUGAGCCACGCUUUGGUUAUUGGGAAAUAGGGAUUCGUACCGACACUCAGUACAGUCG